AUGUCAUCCAACGUCUUUGGCACCCUAUACUCUCAGGUCUCCUUCUUGGACACCUUCUUCCCCGGCUUGGGUGUUGCCUUGGGUUACAUUCAUCCGCUUGCGUCUGGAAAUUCUCAUCUUGGAGCCCAGCUCCUUUGCACUCUCGGCCUGGUUGUGUUCAUAGUCAAGUACACCUACAGGCGUGUUAAAGAAACCCUUGAGGAUCACUUCAGGAUGACGCACACGACAUAUUCCUCGACUGGUUACAAUCGCAACCAUUCGCUGGGCGGACGCGAUCCUCUAUCGUCACGGCCCAGGCGUCUCAAGAAGCUGGAAAAAGAGAACAUUAAGCUAUCUGCCGUGGAAUACCCGCAAACCGUGGAAGACAGCUCGUGGCGCGGGGAAAGACUCUCGUUAACCGGUUUCGGCACAUCCUCAAGAAUGCUGCAGGACUUUAUUGACGAUUGUAGAACCGCGUACGAAAAAAAAGAGAAGGGAAAGACUGCCGUUUACGUGAAUGGCGACGGCUGGACACUUGCCACAAGGCGAGGCCAACGGCAUAUGGUUACUGUUGUACUCCCCGAAGCCGUAAAAACGGAUUUUUUGGGUGACGUUGCGGAGUACCUCAACCCGGAAGCAAGAGCUUGGUAUGCCGAUCGUGGCCUGCCGUACCAUCGUGGAUACUUGCUGCAUGGCAAGCCUGGCACUGGCAAAUCAAGUCUAAGCUUUGCGGCAGCUGGACAGUUCAAUUUGGACAUAUACGUCCUGAACCUUGCUAAAGAUAUUGACGCAAUCGAGGCCGCCAAAAGUCGUGUUGGCGAUGUAACGGGUUCGACAACAGACUCCACAGGCGACAGCGUGACACUCUCCGGGCUGCUCAAUGCACUUGAUGGAGUAGCUUCCGAAGAGGGUCGAUUACUGGUCAUGACGACGAAUCAUGUCGAUCACAUCGGCGCAGCCAUUAUUCGACCCGGGCGUGUGGACAAAAUGAUUGAGUUUGGGCUUGCAAGUCGGCAAACACUGCUGGGCCUGUUCCGAUUUAUCUACAUGCCGUUGUCCAGCAACACCGAAAGAGAAAGAGACACGGACGAAGGGGUCGUCAAAAGCCAAGACGCUCAAGAUAUCCAGGAACUAGCUGUGCGGUUUGCUGAUCGUGUGCCUGAAAUGAAAUACAGCCCGGCCAAGGUCCUUUCAUUUCUGAUUGCGCACAAACAUUCGCCUCGGGACGCAGUGGAAAACGUCAUCCCGUGGAUCGGAAAUGGGGGCGAGGGUUUCGUUCCCCUUCGGCGCCAGACUUCUACGAUGCAUACGAAGAUUGAAGAGAUGUUUGACGUCUCGGCCAGUGUAUCGGCCAGCGCGGGUAUGGAGGAUAUGCAGUGGUUCACGAUAUUGGAAUAG